AUGCCCAACCCAGAGUUCCUUGCAGCCAAAUUCCUUAGGGGAUUGAAUGAACAGAUAAAGGAGAAGAUAGCUGGGACUGGAGAUCGAGACAUGGCCUCUCUAAUUAAUCAGUGCCGAAGAAUUGAGGAGAUGAUUCAGAGACGCAGUAGAGGCAAAUCUUCUCAGCCAGUUAAGAUUGAAGAAAAGAAAGCUGGAAACUCGAGUGGAUAUUGGAAGAAGGGUAAAGGCAAGAACUUAAGUGUGAAACCACAAAAUAAUAAAUUCAAGAAAAAUUUUAAUCAAAAAGGAUUCGUAGCAAAGCCGACCAACCCUCCCAAGUGUACUAAUUGUGGGAAGGAUCACUGGGGGGCAUGUCACAAUAGUCACCUCAUUUGUUAUAGGUGCGGUAAAUCAGGUCAUUAUGCUAGAGAUUGUUAUCAAGCGGGCGGUCAGACCCAAAUAGUUCAAGUCGUUACCACAGCACCAACCACGGGAAGAGUUUAUACAGUUGAUGCAAAAGAAGUUGAGAAGGCCCCGAAUAUGAUUAGAGGUACCAUUUUUAUUGAUACUUUUGACUUUAGGGUCUUGUUUGAUUCAGGAGUCACACACUCCUUCAUUUCUGGUCAGGUUGCUUUUGCACUUAACUUGCCUAUGUUUGAAUUCUCUCCUCCAAUGGAGGUCACAACUGCCACGAGGGAGAAAUGUCGUAUUGAUGUGUAUUGUAAAAAUGUGAAAUUCAUGUAUGAGGGGCGUGAAUACACUAUCGAUUUGUAUUGUCUACCAAUGCUAAGCCUUGAGAUUAUUUUGGGAAUGGAUUGGCUAGCUAAGUAUGGUGUAAUGCUUGACUGUUGUAGCAAGCGAGUCAUUGUACCUCGAGACGAGGCUAAUUCCACUACCUCUACCUUUACCUCUGUUUUGCAAGUAAGCAAGGCCUUGAGGGAGGGAUCUCAAGGUUACAUUUUUAUGGGUGUUGUGGAAGAGAAGAAAAAGACGGACCUGUCUAAGAUUCUGGUGGUCAGUGAAUUUAUUGAUGUAUUUCCUGAGGAAGUCACCCAGCUACCACCUGAAAGAGAGAUCGAAUUCUCCAUUGAUUUGAUUCCAGGCGUAGGACCUAUAUCCAUGGCUCCAUUAGAGUUAAAAGAGCUAAAAACGCAACUUGAAGACUUGUUGUCUAAGCAAUUCAUUAGGCCAAGUGUUUCACCUUGGGGAACACCAGCUAUAUUCGUCAAGAAGAAAGAUGGACCAUGA